AUGUGUCGCAACUAUUAUCGAGGCAACCUACAAGAAUGUAAAAUGAUUGACGAAUUUGAACAUCAUUAUCAACCGAACGAAGCCAUUCAAUGGUACACGAAACAAUCAUUCAUUUAUAAACUUGUUAACAAGGCACUGAAGUGUGAAGACAUUGAUAUGCUGUAUGCGUUUCGAUUCUUUAUUGGAGAGUUAUCGGAAAGUCUCAGUCGUGAACAUGAAAAUAUGGCUUCAUCUGGAAAACGAGCAUUGACAGUUUAUCGUGGAGGAAAACUAUGUGAUAAUGAACUGAAAAAUAUCAAAGAUAAUAUCGGUAAGGUCAUCUCGAUGAAUGGAUACUUGUCCACCAGCCGACAUCGUUCACGGGCGCUGAGAUUUGCUACAAAGUUGACGAAACGCACCAAUGUUGUUCCAGUUCUAUUCAAAAUUCGGGUGCAACAACCGGAUAACGGUAUCGUCUUUGCUGACGUAGAUAAAUUCAGUGAGUUUCCCGCCGAAAAGGAAGUUCUGUUCGAUCUAAACACUGUAUUUCGCAUUGACAGUAUUCGAAACGAUGCUGAUGUGAAAGUAAUCAAAAUGAGCGCAUCAAAUGAAGGACAAGCCAUCACGGAAAAUUAUAUCCAAGUGAUACGUUUAUUAGCUGCAAAUAUGAGCGUUGCUGUCAUGUUCGGACGUCUAAUGUGCGAUAUGGGUCAGUAUGAGAAGUCUCUGAAGUAUUUCGAAAAAUUAAUGGCUAAUCCACAUGGUGAAGAUCUGGCAUGGAUCGAACACAAUAUUGGCCGAGCACUGGAUUUCAAAGGGGAAUGGGAUGCUGCACGAACAUAUUAUGAAAGCGCCUACAAGCGAAUGAUGAGUGUCGAUCCGCCGCGUAUCAAGGAUUCAGCGUAUGUACUCACCAGUAUUGGUUGCGUCUUUCGCAAAGAAGGUAGAUUUCAAGAAGCACUUAAAUCAUUUCAAAAAUCGUUGGCAAUACGUGAGAGAUGCUACUCUUGUGACCAUCUUGACAUUGCCGAAAAUUUAAACAAUAUGGGCUGUGUUCUUCGUCGACUCGGAAAGUAUGAAGAAGCUAGAAAGUUCUUUCAAAGGGCAUUGAAUGUGCGAGAACAGCAUUUUCCUAACGGCCAUUCCGAUAUUGCUCAGAGUCUCAACAAUAUCGGUACCAUCCUUGAAUCACAACGGCUUGAUAGAGAUGCUCUCUCCUACUUUGAAAGAGCGCUCACGAUGCAGAGGCAGUUUUUUGUUGAUGAUCAUCCUGACAUCGCUCAUACUCUUAACAAUAUUGGUCGAGUUCACAAGACAGCAGAGAAUUUUGAGAAAGCACUCGAAUUCUAUCAAGAAGCAUUAAAAAUACGACAGAAAUGUUAUUCAUCUGAACAUCCUGAGAUUGCCGAUAGUCUCAAUAGCAUCGGUUGUGCUCUACUUGGUCAAAAUAAAUUUAAUGAAGCCAUAGGUCUCUUUCAACAAUCUUUAGCAAUACAAAAGAAAUGUUAUCUCAUUGGACAUCCCGACAUCGUUCAGAGUCUCAACAAUAUGGGUUGUGUUCAAGAGAGACAGAGAAAUUAUGAUGAAGCGCUUCAACUCUACGAAGAUGCACGAAGAAUGCGAGAGAAAUGUUAUCCUAAUGGUCACCCGGAUUUUGCCGAUAGUCUGACACACAUCGGUCAUGUCUAUGAAAUGAAAAGACGAUAUGAGAAUGCCCUCAAAUUUUAUCGAGAGGCAGUCAUGAUACAAGAAAAAUAUUAUUCUGGUGGUCAUCCGGACACGGCAAAGUAUCUAAAACAUAUUGGUCGUGUACUGACGACACAGGAAAAGUAUAACGAAGCCUUAGAAACUUUUGACCAAGCCUUAACAAUACAAGACAUUUCUUUCCACGACGGUCAUCCCGAGACCGUUCAUAUUCUCACAAGCAUCGGUGAGAUUCUCACAAAACAAAAUAAGUAUAACACGGCCCUUGAAAUCUGGAAACGAGCACUUACGAUGCAGCAAAAGUAUAAACAAAAUGAUCAUCCUGACACUAUUCAUAUAAUCAGUCGUAUUAGUGGAAUUGAAACAAUAUUAGCAAAGCAUUGUGAAACUGACACAACUGUGCUGUAA